CAGUCGUGUCGUGUGUAUAUAAACACUGCAACUCAAACUUUUACCGCGAGCUCCACUUUUCUCGCUCUGUGCGCGCAUUUUUUCGAUUCUCAUCACUCCGAUUCAAGAACACAGACGUUAAUAGCUGUGAACUAAGAUGGCUGACCCUCAGAAGAAGAAGAAUGUGAAGGAGAAAGAUCCUAUGGAAGAUCUGGAUAUUGGAGAUGAUAUCUUUUCUUGGAAAUCAAUUUCAAUGGGAGAGGGGGAUGGGCUGGAUUUCGACUUCACCCCAGUUUCUAAGGGCAAUAAAGAAACAUUUAAAUUUGACAAAGAGGAUAUGGAUUUUAAUUUGGAUGCUGAUUUCGGAAAGAUGGCGUCGUUCGAUUUGGAUAUGUCAGAUCUGGAUAUCUCACCACAAGAAAAAAAAGAAGCAAAAACAAAGGAGAAGCCUCAAAAAUCAUCCAGUGGAACGAAUAAAGAAAAAACUGAUCAUUUCACUUUUGGAAUUGAUUUUGAUGAUGGGUUCGACGAUUUUGGUUUUGACUCAGUCCCAAGAAAAGAAGGUACAAAAGUUCAGAGUGACAAAAACAACAAAGAAAGUUCCCCAGAUUUCGGAUUUGACUCUACCCCAAGAAAAGAAGGUACUAAAGUUCAGAGUGACAAAAACAACAAAGAAAGUUCCCCAGAUUUCGGAUUUGACUCUAUCCCAAGAAACGAAGGUGCUAAAGUUCAGAGUGACAAACACAACAAAGAAAGUUCCCCAAAUUUCGGUUUUGACUCAAUCCCAAGAAAAGAAGGUUCAAAAGUUCAGAGUGACAAGAACAACAAAGAACGUACCCCAGAUGGAAGUGGCUGUCAAGAUAAGGAAAUAUCUACUUACAAAAAUGAAACUGGAAGUAAGAGUACUUCAAAAGGUGGCAUGCAAAAGCCAUCUUUUGACCUGGUUCUUGAACCCACAAGGAAAAUUUACCCUCCAAAGUUGGGAAUGGAUGACGGUGUUACUCAAGAACAUUUAGCUGGAGCUGAUGAAGUGAAAGGUCCUCUGGAGACAACAAUAUCCAGGGAAAUACCUGAUGUCAGUCCAUCUGAAAGGUUGGUUCUCCUAGAACAAGCUGAUCUUCAAGCUUGUACUGAAAAUGAUGUAAUGCUGGACUUGUCAUCCGGUCCUCUAUCUAAGAAUGAGCCAAGUGGAUGUAAUUCAUCAGCUCUGGAGAAAAAGGUAGAUUCUGUGGACGCAAGUAAGAGUGGCUCUCACGAAGAACAAGAUGCUAACACUGCAUUGGUAGCUGAUUCAACAUUUGAUUGCAAACAUACAACAUCUAGAAACUCACAGCACCACCAAGCAGAUGCAAUCUCAGAGAACAUUGCUGAGACAAGUGGACAUGAUUCAUCAGUGGCAGAGAGCAAGCUCAGCUGUAUGGAUACAAAUGCUAGCAGCUUAAAUGGAGAACAAGAUGCUAACAUAACAUCAGUUGUUGGUUCAUCCUGUGAUUACAAACAUACAUCCAAAGCCUCACAGCACGAUCAGGCUGAGGUGUUCUCAGACAACAUCAAUGGCGAAAGGACUCAGGAUGGGAUCCAAAAUCUCGUGGAAGACGAUGGAGGAAGAGCUGAACUAGGCCAAACUAAUCCACAAGUUGAAAUUCCAUGUACGACUGGUGUUUUAUCAGGGAUUCCCUGUGACAGUGAUGCACAAUCUAGCAAGGAGAAUCAGGAAUUUUCUUGUAAAAUGCUCAAGCCUUCAUUAACCAGUCAGACAGCUAAUCCAUUGCAAAAGCCAAUUCAAAACAUAAAAGAGCCUCUCAUGAAACGCCCACAGCCUUCAGUUCAGUUAAAGAAACCUGAAUGUUCCAUCCCAAAGGCGUCAAUCCAGGAAACUUUGUCGUCAUUAAGUAGUAAACAGAUGAGCUCUGCUCUACCAAGUCUAGUUCAAGCAAGGAGUGGUGAUGCGACUCAAAGUGAGAAAAAAUUAUCAUUGCAAUGUUCUAAAACACUACUGAGGGGGAUUAUUCCACAAAUUCAGAGCCAGAAAAGCUGCAGUCCUCUAAAGAUUCAUGGUAUGGAAACCAAUCAUAAACCAGCAGAAAGCAGUGAAAAUCCAAAAUUAUUAGCAUCUAUACUGUCAAAUAAAAACACUCCUGUGCAAGUGGAUAAAACUUCUGCUAUCGAAGGUGGUAGGAAGCUCCCUGAUACACCUGCACUGAAACUCUCGAGAUUAAGCAUUGAUUCAACAAAGCCACCAAUUUUGACAAAGAGCAGGCCAGUUGAAAGCAGUAGUCAGAAAAGUGUUUCAGUUAGCAAAUCGCCACUUGGUACUGCUAAUAUUCGGGACAAGUGUAAGCCAAUGACUUCUACCCUAUCUGUGAAGCGGACACUAGAGGACGACACUGCAGAUACUAGUUCCCUCCAUCCAGCUAAACGUCUUUCGCCACAAGUAGCUAGGAGCAGGAGUUUCGUGGAAACAUCAGAAAAGGUUCUGGACAAAAAGUCACCCAUACCCAUCAAUCGCAUGAAAGAUGAUCGCAUCAAAAGCCCGACCAGCAACUGCCAAGUCGUUCCACUUGCCAUCUCCCAUGGCUUCAAGACUAAAGGAUUAGAGAUAACAUCCUCGAAAAGAGAUGAUAGCAAUAUUAAACUGGCCAAUGCUUACAGCAAGGAACUUGAUGACCUUUGCGAUCUCCUCAGCAAAAAAAAUGAUGAAGCCAAAGAACUACUGGCUCGAUCAGUAUUGAACAGCAAUAAGCUGAUGAUGCUCAACGCUCCCCUGUUGGAGGAGAAGAUCCGCGCAACGCAGAAUUCUUUUGCCAGGUUAACACUCAGCAGCAACAAAGGAUGAAAUCAUCAACUUGGGAUAUGAAGGUAACAGCAUUAUCAAUGACUGUGGAGAAACUGAAUCUGCUCUUACAGUUCAACGGCUUCGCACACAUGAGCGUGGUCUCAUCUCAUCGUUUGCAGUGGUAAUUCAAUAAUGCACCUUCUCUUUCAAGUAUCGAAAAAUACUUGUUUCAUAAGAUCAAUAGUGACGCCCGGUUAAAUAAAAAUAAUCAUAUAGUCUUAUAUAUUGUGGA